AAGGCAAGUUUAUCUGCUGCGACGUCGACGUCGGUGCCGUACCAAUUAUGCGACGUCUGUUGCUCGCAGAUCACCGCGACGAUCGGCGGAGCUGCCUGUAGCGAUCCGGAGGAGCGGUUUUUCCGACUACGGCGGGCGAGGAGCGAGGAGGAACGGAGAACUAGUAGUUUCUGAAAAAUGAUGAGGCUCCAGACAUAUGCUGGAUUUAGUUUCUUAGCAACCAUGAGUGCUAUCUACUAUGCAUUUAGCAGCAGAGGGCAGUUCUAUCCUGCCAUGGUGUACCUUUCUACAUCCAAGAUAUGUUUUGUUCUCCUCUUGAACAUGGGUCUAGUCAUCAUGUGUAUAAUGUGGCAGUUAGUGAAGCGAUUAUUUCUGGGUUCACUCAGAGAAGCAGAAGUUGAAAGGCUUAAUGAACAAUCAUGGAGGGAGGUCAUGGAUAUUCUUUUUGCGAUUACCAUAUUUCGGCAAGACUUCUCAGUUACUUUUCUAGCUAUGGUUACAGCUCUUCUGUUGAUCAAAGCAUUGCAUUGGUUGGCCCAAAAGAGAGUUGAAUAUAUAGAGACCACUCCGUCCGUUUCUAUGCUGUCACACAUACGGAUAAUUUCAUUUAUGUUUUUCCUCCUCUUCAUUGACUGUCUUUUCUUGCACAAUUCUUUGAGGUCUUUGAUACAAACUCGGCAAGCAUCAGUUGCACUGUUUUUUACAUUUGAAUAUACAAUCUUAGCAACUACAACUGUGUCAACAUUUGUGAAGUAUGUAUUCUAUGUAAGUGACAUGCUUAUGGAAGGACAGUGGGAGAGGAAGGUUGUUUAUACAUUUUACCUUGAGCUUGUUCGGGACCUUCUUCACCUCUCUUUGUACAUAAUAUUUUUCCUAAUCAUCUUUGUGAGUUAUGGUAUCCCACUGCACCUGAUACGUGAGCUAUAUGAGACAUUCCGCAGUUUUAAAAUGCGUAUAGCAGAUUAUGUUCGAUACCGCAAAAUUACCUCAAAUAUGAAUGAGCGUUUCCCUGAUGCAACACAAGAUGAACUUAAUGCGACUGAUGCUAUAUGCAUUAUAUGUCGAGAAGAGAUGAUUACAGCUAAGAAAUUGAUAUGCGGACACCUUUUUCAUGUUCAUUGCCUAAGGUCAUGGUUAGAGAGACAGCAUACUUGCCCCACCUGUAGGGCUUUGGUUGCACCUCCUGAAAAUGGGCAAGCAGGAUCGUCUAGGCAACAUGGAGUUCCACAAGUUCCAAGUCAACCUGUCGGAUCAGUGACCGCUUCAUCUUCACAGAGUCCCAGUGGUGGUACAGAAACUGCUAAAUUAAGUCGCCAUCAGGCCGUGCUUCAAGCAGCUGCAAUGGCUGCAUCCUUAUAUGAAACUUCAUUCACUUACUGCCCACCAAGUUCCUUCUUGUAUGCAUCAACCAACUUAAAGCCACCGGGCUAUGGAUCAAAUUACAAUGACAAUGCACAUUCAGAGGCAUUCAGCGGAAGGACAAUGCCGCCAACUGGAGAAGCAGCUGCUUCUGAACAAUCCAUCUGCAGCGAGAGAUCAUCCCUCGGCAAUCUAAAUCUUCAGGGGUCAUUAUUGAGGGCGCAACAAGAUGUUCUCCGAAGUCAGAUUCAGCUUCUACAGACACAAUUGCAAGCUCUGCAACAACAAGCCCAUCAAUCCAAACCUGAUAAUCCCGAUCCCAAAGGAAAAUCUAUCAUCACAUUCGAUCUUACUGUAUCCAAACCAGAUGGUGCUCACCAACAAGAUAGUUGAAAUUGUUGUUGCUAACUUUACAGGAGGGGGAGAAGCUGGGAUCUUUCCAAGUUCCGAUACCCAUUCACUCGUAUGCGAGGUUUAACUUUCUCCAUAUGAUAAGGAAAUACAUCUUGAUAAGAUGAUGCUUGACUAUCUGUUAUUUCACUCUGACUAUUAUAAUCCUCAAAUUUCAAGGCCUCAAAACCCUAUUGUCACUCGUCCAGAAUAUUUUGUAAUGAGUUCUUGUGUUCUUGAUUUGAGAUAGAAGUUGUAGCUCUGAUUUUAGAUUUAUUUGGAAUGAUUAAAAUGAUUUUAGAAUAUCAUCAA